CGUGAGCAGAGCCAAAGCAUCAAUAUCAAACGUUUUGUUUACUGUUAUGUUUAAGCCUACACUACAACUACACUGUUGUCGUUGUGGUGCGGCGCCAAAAUCAAAAGAGAACGGCCUUUCAUAGAUGGUGGUAAUGGUGAUGGUAUUGUGUGCUUGAUUUUCAGCUCCAAACAGUUUGUUUCACCAAUAGGUAGGUAUACAAAAACUCCAACAACAAAACAACCCAACAAAUCUCUUUUCGUCUACCUUUGGAUGAAGCUACCAUUCUCUUAAGCUGCAACUUACUUAUAACCAUUUGCGAAUUGCAACGUUUUUAUAUUGGUGUUGUUGUUGUUAAUAUCGUCGAGUAUCCACUGCUUCAUCUUAUUCGUACAUCGUCGCAGCGGAGCGGCUACACGAUUUACGGUACCUUGAUUGUAACAGGUAAGAAAAUCAUAUAACCACCAACACCGAGUACUCUUAUAAUAUAGGUGCCUCCACUCCACCACAAAAUCUCUCCACUGGUGAAAUAAAGGUAAACAAUCUGUGAAGUCUUGUUGAAUGUUGGGUCUUGGGUGGCUGUUGUUUGGUUUGGUUUGGCUUUGGUUGGCCGUUUUGUUGCCUGGUUAACUGGUGUAACUUAUAAGAUAAAACUCGACUGGGGGUAGACAACUUCGACCGGAACCCGGCUAGAGGCAGUACUGAGCUGUCCCGUGAGGCGGCAUAACGUGCGUUCGGUUUUUGUUCGCUUUUUAUUUGAUUUAUCCGUUCGAAUUUUUAUUUCAAUGUUUCUUUUUAAAUUUUCAUUUCAUUUAUAAUCAACUUUAAUACUUUUUGUUGUUCGCAAUUGAGUUAAAUUUAGUUUGGAUUGAAUGCGCGUUUAAUUGUAUUUAUUGUUAACUCGAUAUUAUACCGUUUUGUCAAUGGUAGGAAAGUAAAACCAACACACAGCACUCUCGGCUGGGCUGUUAGCGGUUUUUACUGAUUUAAAGUUGUCGUUGCACUUGAACGCACUCCAACUCCGUUCCAUCGUGCACCGAACUAACUGUCUGUGGACUUUUUCGAUUUUUCGACACCUGUGCAGCAGUGCACCGCGGCAUCAGGUUAACAGGUGCGCUUAGCUUAUCUGUGAAUGUGCUCUCGCUCGUUGUCGGUGGUUGACAAAUGAACUUUAGAUCAUCCACCAAUAAGACCGCCAAAAAAGAACAAGGUCGUGUGGACUGCGAACUGCGGGUCCCACCUAUUGUAGACACUCAAAGACAACAAGUUGUGUGCGCGUAACUUGGUGUUAAUUUUGACUUUAUUUGUUUAAUUCGGAUUAGGGUGUGGACUCAAUGAUUAGGUAUUAUUAAACUAUACCCAGCCGGAUAUUUCCAAUUGGACUAAUGUCAAUGCAUGUUCUCCCCUCGCAUUGACGACAACGAUAACGAGUGGAAGAGACGUCUACUACGACGGCAACGACAACGAAAACAACAACAACGACGACGCGACGACAAGUGCCGGAUAUGCAGUGCAGCACACUACCUGACCUGACCAGUGACCAUCCCCCGAGUCUGGAACUAGAUUUAUAUGCCAGUUGUCCGUUGCCAGUUCCCGCCCGCGGAUAAUUAAAUUGGAUGUCAUUUGCAUGAGUGUUUGCCUUAACAAAAUAAUAAUAAAAUAAAAACAAAACUAAGUAAAACAAAAACGACAACGCCGAUCGCGUGCUCGUUGUUUUCCAUUAUUACUUACCCUAUAGACUUUUGCGAGUCGAGUGAAACGAACGUCAUACGACGAACUGAACUGAGUUGUGUUGUUUUUUUAUUUUCUUGGGUGCUUCCCCCCGUGCACAGCGAUACACCGACCUAUGGUUGAAGGCUUGACUUGAAAAGGGCAUUUUGUUUUUAUUUAUUUACAUAAGAAUUUUGUGUGUCAACUCAAAAGUGUGCUGCUUGCCGCUCUGUGCAUCCAUCUAUCACAACACAAGAGAUCCCAGAGAUAAAAUAAUUUGUGGUGGCACCCCGUGUGAUAAGUUUUAUCAGAUCUGUCAUCAGAAGUCGUCGCUCGGCGCUGACAGUGUACUACCUAUAGUCCAUGUUUUGAAUGUGUUUCUUGAGCUUGAGUUAAUUUUCGUGUGACUGUGUUUUUUUUGGUUUUGAAUUUAUUUACAAUUUAAUUUGCGCAAAAAAAAGAAAAAUAUAAACAAAACAAAACACAAACUUUUUUGUAUCUUAAUCAAAUUGAAAUUUGAAAUUAAAAAAGAAGAAGAAUAAAAAUGUGAAAAUAUUUGAUUAUUUUUGGAAAAGUGAAUGGUCAUACUAAUUAUGUUCAUAUGAUGUUCGAAUGGUGAAGAAGAUAAAAUAAGUUCUUGCGUGUUUUGAAGAUUUCUACAUUAUUUCCGGUUUAGUUGUAGAUUUGAUUUUUUUUUUAAUAUUGUUUGUUUUUAAUUCAAUUUUAUAUUGUUUUUGUUGUGUUGUCGCGUUUUUUUUAAUUUUGCGUUUUACACACGCUAUUUAUUCAUCGGAAGUAUAAUGCGCAUGAGAUGUGUGAACGAUUUAUUGCGAUAGUGAUUGCUCAACUGGCAACAGAAGGCGAUCAAAAUUUCGUUUGCUGUUUUAUAAUUUAAUGGUUUUCAUGAAUGGACUUGGACCAGACCCUCUGCCAGCCAAGGAGGCAGAGGGCCCUCCAGUACAAGUGGAACCAGUGGAUCUUAGCCUUCGAUCACCAAGAGGAUCCCACCACCAUGUGCAUCACAAAUCAUCUGCAUCAGCGUCAUCAUUCACAUCAUCUACAUCAGCACUACAUCAAAAUUACUCGCUCAACUCGUCAUCGUCGGCGUUCUCCUCAACUGCAUCAGCGUCUGCAUCAUCUAAGCGUCCCAUACCUCCAUUGCUUGCAGCUUCACCCUUCCUCUUUACUUAUCGACGUUUCAAGGACGAAACUAACAACAACAACAUAAGCUAUGCCAAUAACAAUCAUUACAAUUACAAUAAUAACAUGACAGGAUCGUCCCUAACUUCAUCGACAGCAGCAGCUGCUGCUGCCGCUGCAGCAUCCCGAUCCAUAUUUCAUGAUUACGAUAGAAAAUUCAGUUUGCUGAGUCUUUUUAAAAAUCCGUACAAAUAUCCCGAGCGACCGCCACCGAUCUCACCGAGAGCAGCAACGAUACCAACAGCACUUUCCAUAACUCCAGUAUCAGCUAGAAGCUACAGCAAUAGUAGUCCAACUUCAAAUCCUGCCAUUAGUAGAUUAAGCUCAGUUGUCCCAUCGUCGGGGUCUUCGUCUUCUUCUUCCUCGCCGUGGAAGGUAAUGGCGGCUGCUUCACAGGCCCUCAAUCCUUCGUACAGUUCGUUUACUACUUCGACAGGGAAUGCAUGUGGCAAUCGUAAAAGUGCCUUCAGCAGUAUUGUGGGUGGAGGAGGGGGUAUGCUGGGUAGUGGAGCGUUCAGCAGGGCAGACGAUACAAGUGCCAAUGGUAGUGAUCUCUCGAAAAACCGCAAAGUGCACAAAUGCGACACUGAGGGUUGUGAUAAGGUCUAUACGAAAAGUUCCCAUCUAAAGGCUCACAAGAGAACACAUACGGGUGAAAAGCCAUAUGUAUGCACUUGGGAGGGCUGCAUAUGGCGUUUUGCGCGUUCCGAUGAGCUUACUCGACACUUCCGCAAACACACGGGCGUGAAGCCGUUCCGAUGUAAACUUUGUACACGAUCGUUUAGCCGAUCUGAUCACCUUUCACUGCACAUGCGCCGCCACUGACACCAAUCAAUCAAUCAAUCAAUCACUUCACUAUACUUUACUCAAAACGACAUUCAUCAUCUCUAUAUUUCUGUCUAUGUCUCUGUCUCUCUUAUUCUACCAUACUACUAUAUAUUUCUGUUUCGUUUGAUUAAUUGUUCAACUAUAUACUCUAUUGAUCUUCAAUUUUAUAAAUUAUUUAUUUUAGUUAGCGAAAUGUUGAAGAAACCAAGGAAUGAGGAAGAAGAUUUAAAUAAAUUCAAAGAAUUUUCUUUUUUGUAUUUUUAUAGCCAGUUGUGCCAGCAGCCAAAUCGAUAUCUAUAUAAAUAAAUAAAUACGAGGGGGCGUGGCAAUGAUAUUAUGUAGGUAUAUAUUUUUUAUACAAAAGAAACAGUUAAAAAAAAACGGAACUUAAUUGCCAGUAUACUAUAGCCAGUUAACAGAAUGAACCAGUUUAUUAAAAUGAUAAAUUAUUUUUAAGGGUUUUAAAUAUUAAAUAAAAAAUUAUAUAUUUUAUAAACUAAGUAUUUAAGUUUACACAAUUAUUUUAUUAUUCUCAUUUUUAUUUUUUUAUUAUUAUUUAAGAACGAAAAAUCUCAAUUAAGAGGCCAGUAAAACAAUUUUGUACAUUUGUUUUGUUUUAUUAUUUAUAUACAUUAAUUUUUACACAAUUUUUUUUGUAUAAGUUUAUAAAAAAAUUAGCAAUAUUUUUAACUUAUACAAUUUGUUUUAAAUUAAGCAACAAAUUAAUAAAAAACAAACAAGCAAAGGCAUUAUUUAAUUGAAAAAUCUGAAUAGAAAUAUCAGUAUAUAAAAAGAUAUUUUAUUUUUCUCUUUUGUUUAUAAAUUAAGUUUUUUUUUAAUUUUUAAUUUUAUAUUGAACAAAAAAUAUGAACAAAGAAACACAACAAAAAAUCCCAG